AUGGAGAAGGAGUACAAGGAGGCCUACGGCGCGGCCGAGCCCGCUGAUGUCGAGUCCAAAGCCGUGGGCGAGACCUUUCCUCGCGACAUCGACGUCUCUCGCAUGAACCAUGACGGCACUGCCAACCUACUCGCCGGCCAUGAUCAACUGCAGCGUGGUCUCAAGAGUCGUCACAUUCAGUUCCUUGCCCUGGGUGGAGCUAUCGGCACUGGACUUUUUGUUGGUUCCGGCAGCAUUCUCUCCACCGUCGGCCCCGCACCGCUCUUCAUGGGAUACUUGUCGAUGAUGAUCGUGGUUUAUGAGAUCAUGAACAUUCUGGGCGAGAUGGCGACGUACCUGCCGCUGAAGGGUAUCUCCAUCCCGUACUUUGUCGAGCGCUUUGUAGAACCCAGUCUCGCGUUCGCAACGGGAUGGAACUACUGGUACGCGUACGCCAUGCUUGUGGGAGCCGAGGCAUCUGCCGGAGCAAUCCUGCUGGACUACUGGAAGACGCCUGUGCCGACGGCCGUGUGGAUCACCAUUAUCCUGAUCGUUACACUGUGCCUCAACAUCUUUGCCGUCGAGAUUUUCGGCGAGGCCGAGUUCUGGUUUGCCAGCAUCAAGCUCAUCACCAUCAUCGGGCUGAUCCUGGUGAGCCUGGUCAUCAUUCUGGGCGGUUCUCCCGCCGAGGGUCGCAUCGGCUUCUCCUACUGGGAGAACCCAGGCGCUAUUACGCCCUACCUGGUCGAUGGCGACACUGGAAGAUUCCUGGCCUACUGGACUGCCUUCGUGCGCGCCGGCUUCGCCUUCAUCACCUCUCCGGAACUGAUCGCUCUCGCCGCCGGUGAGACCGUCGCCCCGCGCCGCAACAUCCCCAAGGCCGCCCGCCGCUUCGUGUGGCGCCUGGCCAUCUUCUACGGCCUGGGCUCGCUGAUGAUCGGCGCCAUCGUGCCGUCGACCGACGACCGCCUGCUCAGCCCGGACUCGGACGCCAGCGCGUCGCCGUGGGUCAUCGGCAUCCAGCGCGCGGGCAUCGGCUCGCUCAACCACAUCAUCAACGUCGCCAUCCUGACCUCUGCCUGGUCCGCCGGCAACGCCUUCCUCUACUCGGGCAGCCGUAUCCUCUACAGCUUGGCCCUCAACAAGCAGGCCCCCCGCAUCUUCACCAAGACGACCAAGCGCGGUGUGCCCUACGCCGCCGUCCUGGGCACCUGGGCCAUCGGCCUCCUCUCCUACCUCAACGUCGGAAGCAACACCGGCUCCGUCUUCACGUGGUUCAUGAACAUCUGCACCAUUUCGGGCCUGAUCGCCUGGAUCGUCGUCAUGAUCACGUACCUGCGCUUCCGCAAGGCCAUGAUCUACCACAAGAUGAUGGAGCGCCUGCCCUUCCGCACCCCGCUGCAGCCCUACUUUACCUACUUCAUCCUCCUCAUCUUGACGCUCCUCACCCUCACCAACGGCUUCCAGGUCUUCUUCCCCGGCCAGUGGAGCGUCGAGGACUUCCUCGCUGCCUACAUCACCCUGCCCAUCUUCUUCGCCCUGUACAUCGGCCACAAGAUUUGGUUCCGCACCCCUCUCGCGCGGAAGAUCGAGGACGUCGAUGUUGUCACGGGCGUGGCGGAGAUGGAGGAUUUGGCAGCACUGGAUGAGCCGCCCGUGCCGAAGAAUUGGCUGCAGAAGUUCUGGUUCUGGCUGGCAUAA